AUGACCUCAUCUACCGAUUACCACGCAGACAGUACACCGGGGACGACAAGUAACAUGGAACUUAGAAUCAGAGAGUAUCAAUUGGAGAUGUUGAACGAGAGUUUGAAACGUAAUCUUAUCGUUGUGAUGCCAACAGGUACUGGGAAAACACAAGUGUAUGAUGAAUCUUACUAUGUCUUUGACCAUAUGGCUAAUAGGAGCAACAGAGCCAUAUUACGAAUUCUCGCGGAUAUAGACAAAGGGAACUCGGAUAAGUUCGUAUGGCUACUUUGUCCCACCGUUGCUUUAUCUGAGCAGCAAUACAUACAAUACGCAACCGUGUUCCUUCCAUCUGGUGCAGAGGACAAGGCAAUAUGGGAUAAUGCCUUGUCGGGAAUAAAGAUUGCGGUUUCAACAUAUCAGGUUCUAUAUGACGCACUAUCCCAUGGUUUUGUUAAACUGAGCCAGAUGUCUUUACUCAUAUUUGAUGAAGCCCACCAUUGUAAAAAGGAUCACGUUGCGAACAAGAUAAUGCAGGUCCACUACCAUAAACAGCACCAAAGUGGUGUACAGAAUCUACCGAAGAUACUUGGUCUUACUGCUUCUCCUAUCUUAUCCGACUUGUCAUCUUUGGAGAUCGUGGAAAGCAACCUGGGCAGUAUAUGCAAGACCCCUCGCCAAUACUACGCGCAACUCCUCCAAUUCACAAACCGUCCACUUAUUUUGCCGCGCCUACCUACUUAUACGAUUCCGAACUGCUCUGUCAAGGCACCGAUACUAGAAAAGUUAUGUGGUAUUUUGUCCUCUGAAGAUGAAGUACCAAGUUCAUCGAAAAUGAAGAGCAAGCAACUAAAACAUAUUAGACGCUUCAUGCAAACUUCGGAAAGCAUUAAUCAGGAGCUUGGUAUUUGGGCCGCGACAGAGUACAUGCGAAAAUCGAUCAUGCAUUUCAAAGAAAGCAUGCGAAUGGGCGCUGAGAAGACAAAUAUCUCCAAUUAUGGAAAAGACUUCGCAAUGGAAAUACUUACUAGAUUGGGCAAGUUGCAGGACUGUAGCCCGGCAAUCCAACCAGAAGAAAUCUCACCAAUGUGUCAGUGUCUAUUGGAUGAGCUUUCAAAGGCAUACAGAGAAGGGUUCUGCGGUCUGGUGUUCGUCACGCAGCGAGCGACUGUACUUGCAUUGAAAUGGCUGAUAGAGAACCAUCCACUUACGAGCCACCUAUUUACUUGUGGAACAUUCAUUGGUAUGUCAACGACACAGUACAGCAAAACAGAGCUCGGAAAUCUCCAUGACAUCCGAAAUCAGACAGAAACACUAGAAAAGUUCCGGCAAGGCUCUCUAAACCUAAUCAUAACAACCGAUGCUCUGGAAGAAGGCAUUGAUGUACCAGCAUGCAAUACAGUGCUGAACUUCAACUGCCAGCUAUCCUUGAAAUCCUUCAUUCAGCGACGGGGACGUGCACGAAGGGAGAAUUCCCAAUUUAUUAUCAUUAUGGAAGAUGAGAGCGGCCCAAGGUACUUGAAACGACUCGAGAUGGAGGAAAUAGAGCUAGUCCAAAAAUUGCAAAAUGCUGAGCGAAGGCAAAUACCAGCUAAUGAGCUGGACUUCGAUAAGUACGAGAGGAUUUCGCUCUCCCUUGACAUUGACAGGACCGGAGCUCAGCUGAUAAUGCGGGAAGCAGUCGGCUAUUUGUAUAACUUUUGUUCAAAGCUACCUGCCCAGCUGUAUGUCAGCAACAAGCCCCUGUUCACUUACGAGCGCAAUAACUACGGCCGAUUCAGGGCGGUAGUUAAGUUGCCAAGCAACCUCGACCCUUCCCUUCAGUCAUUUUCUAGCUCAAGAAGUUGGUCCAGACUCAAGUAUGCAAGGGAGGACGCAGCAUUACAAGCAUAUAAAGCGCUUUACCAGGCUGGCCUUGUCAACGAUUACUUAGUUCCGACUCAGGUCUCAGACCAUUUGGAAGGGGAUAUCAUAUUCCGGUCCCACUACAGCAUUCAGAACCAGCUGGAUCCUUGGCAGGAUAUUGCUCUUUUAUGGAAACUUGACAGUCAGCUGUAUGCUCACAACCUACGAAUCAUAAGACCAGAAGAGGACGAAAUCCAUCUACAUAUGAUUCUUCCAACUCAGCUUGACACAACAAUUCACAUUCCUCUUUUCAUUGAUUAUUGCACGACCUAUACUGCCAUUCUCACGCCGGGGCAUCCAAUCACUACAGACAUUUCACUUUGCCAGCAAGUGACAAACCUGAUCUUCCAGUCGGUUUACCGAGACCAUUGUUCUCGCAGAAAUUUAGACUAUGCGUUUCUUCUUGUCCCAGAAUUGGAAGAAACGAAGUUGAUAGAGUUCCUCGAGAGGUAUUCUGGAUCAGUCAGCCUGACUGAGCUUCUGAAUCAGGAAGCUACGCCGAGUGCGCUUGGACUGCUUCGCAGUCAUACGAGACCGAGUCGACCACUUUUGGUAGAACCCUGGGUAGCAGGAGAGUGCUUCUUACCUGAUGAGUUGUCCAUUUCGUCAUUCGAUGCCAAAGUCAAAUACAUGACUAAUCGCCGGAACUUUCUCUCUCAUGGAAAUCUAGCUGCUGGGAAAUCAACAAACUGUGAGGCCAGGAUAGGUCUUGAAGCUAAUGUGAAAAGCAUGUCUGUGCGAGAUUUCUUUGUUGAUAAGCUACCUUCCAUGUUUGCCCAGGUCGCCCUCUUUACACCAAGCAUAUCCCACGAGGUGGAGGUAUAUAUGAUAGCGCAAAUCUUGCGACAGGAAUUAUCUCUACGAUCAGUGACGCCUUGGCAACGAAUUGAUCUAUUGGCUAUUGCUAUCAGGCCUACAAGUAUUGAGCAUCGAGCCACCUUUCGCUUAUUAGCCUUCAUUGGUGAUGCAUUCAUGAAGUAUCUCUUCGCAAUGCAAUUGUUUUUGCACCAUCAUUUGUGGCACGAAGGUCUCCUGUCCUCGUUGAAGCAGAGGAAUCUGUCUGAUGCGGGUCUUGCACAUGCUAUACAUCAAUCUGGCCUUGGAAAAUUUCUCAUAAGCAAACAUCUCAAUGGGAAACGGUGGGUGCCACCACUUGUGUCGGGGAUAGAACCCGCCAGUAACGAAGCCAGGCAGCGAUCCAUCGGUGCGGCUACGCUGGCAGAUAUGACGAAAGCAGUUGUUGGGGCUGCCUUCACAGAUGGUGGAUUGAACCAAGCUGCUGCAUGCGCAUCAGUUAUGUUUCCCAAACUCAAGUCCUGGAAUGCAUCGUCUCUGCAUGAUGGUACUUAUUCCAAGACUAGACCGGAAAAUGCAGUUGCUUCAACAGCAAUAGUCGAUAUGGAAGAACUCCUUGGAUACACUUUCACCGACAAAUCCCUGGCUGUGGAAAGCAUGACACAUCCAUCUUGCACUGGUCUUGUUCAAACAACAUCAUAUCGGCGUCUCUCAUUUCUCGGAGCCAGCGUGCUAGAAUGGAUCGUUGUGAGCUAUCUACAUCGACAUGCACAAGUGAUGAAUCCACAAAGGAUGCAGUCCUUGAAGUCCGCGUUCACCAACAACACAUUUCUGACCUUUAUAGCGAUAACAUUCCACCAAGUAAGGGAGCAAAAUCAUAUAGAUGUUGAUGAUGAACACAAUGUUCAUAAAAACGUGACGACAUGCUCAAUUAGACUCUGGGAUUUUCUUCGCUUGCAUAGCGAUGCGUUAUCCACCGAAUUAUCUGACUUUGUUCAGAAGUCAUCUGAGAAGGCGGAUGCUAUCAAGCAUGAACUAUGGGAGCAGCGAUUUUACCCGUGGGUGCGGCUGAGAGCACUUGGGGACAUGCGAGUGUUGUCUGAUAUCAUUCAGAGCAUUUUUGGUGCUGUCUUUAUCGAUUCUCAAGCAACCCUAGCAUCCUGCGAUGCCCUGGCAGAGAAACUCGGAAUCGUGCCGCUUUUGGAGCAUUUCAUCUCCCAUCAAAUCACUACAGACCAUCCAAAAGACACACUACAGGCCAUCCUUCCAGGGCGCAAAGUUUCUUAUCAGAUCUGUGUUGACAAGGUGCAUCCCGGGACACUGCGGUGUUCUGCUCUGGCUGACUCCUCGGAAAUUGCCUCAGUAGAAGGCCAAAUGAAUGAUGAGGUAAUCAAGAUGCAGGCAGCUGAAACGGCUGUUCGUCUGCUGCGCAAGGGGUUUGCUUUAUCCGAGACAUCGUGA